AUGUCUAUCGUCAGCACCUGUCUCGAUUUCACGUUGCUCGCCAUUGCCGUGUUGGAACGAUUCUUCACUGUUGUUUACCUUGUCGUGGUUUUCUCCCUGGUCACGCAUAUGCAGGACACUCAAGCUUCCACUCGCACCACCGAGGAAAAAGCACGGUUACCAGUGGUCGACGCACAACCGCCUCAAACACAGUCACCCUCCGGACCAUCUCAGCCAGGUUCUCAGAACCGCUCCUUGCCCGACGUGAUACGGGUCACCGACAACCUAUCAGAAGAGAUGGCCAGUCUUUUCGGGUCUAUACAACUCCUUACCGUUUGGAUGGAUAAUAUGAACAGCGAACUAGUGCAGCUUCGCAGGGGCUUGAAACGUCAAGCGCAAAACCGAGAGGCGCGUUCUGAGGCUCGGACACGGACCAGAUACUGA